AUGCAAAGACUCAAGUGCACAUCUCAAGUUUAUGAUUGGGGUAAAGUAGGGAGUGCAAGCAAAGUUUACCAGUUGAUGGUUUCAUCCGAAAAGUCUGACGAAUUUAAAUCUAACCAACCGUACGCUGAGCUAUGGAUGGGAACUCAUCCUUCCGGACCCUCCGUUCUUUGGAAUGAUCGAUCAAUAUCACUGGAUGCAUAUAUCAAAGAUCAUCCAGAAUAUUUGGGUAUACCCUGCGUAGAUACUUUUGGACAUCAACUACCAUUUCUUUUUAAAGUUCUCUCCAUUGAUAAAGCUUUAUCGAUUCAAGCACACCCUGAUAAAAGGUUAGCCGAAAAAUUGCAUGCAGAUUGGCCAGAUAUUUAUAAGGACGACAACCAUAAACCAGAAAUGGCUAUCGCUUUGACAAAUUUUGAAGCAUUAAUUGGAUUUAGACCUCUUGUACAAAUUCGAGCUCUCAUUACCUAAGAUUGCAAUUGA